AUGCAGUGCUGUCACCGUGGUUAUAGCUCCUAUCCUAUUGGUUCCCUUUGUGGAGUCAGAAUGCAGUGCUGUCGCCGUGGUUAUAGCUCCUAUCCUAUUGGUUCCCUUUGUGGAGUGAGAAUGCAGUGCUGUCGCCGUGGUUGUAGCUCCUAUCCUUUUGGUUCCCUUUGUGGAGUGAGAAUGCAGUGCUGUCGCCGUGGUUAUAGCUCCUAUCCUACUGGUUCUCUUUGUGGAGUGAGAAUGCAGUGCUGUCGCCGUGGUUAUAGCUCCUAUCCUACUGGUUCCCUUUGUGGAGUGAGAAUGCAGUGCUAUCGCCCUGGUUAUAGCUCCUAUCCUAUUGGUUCCCUUUGUGGAGUGAGAAUGCAGUGCUGUCACCAUGGUUAUAGCUCCUAUCCUAUUGGUUCCCUUUGUGGAGUGAGAAUGCAGUGCUGUCACCGCGGUUAUAGCUCCUAUCCUACUGGUUCCCUUUGUGGAGUGAGAAUGCAGUGCUGUUGCCGUGGUAAUAGCUCCUAUCCUAUUGGUUCCCUUUGUGGAGUGAGAAUACAGUGCUGUCACCGUGGUUAUAGCUCUUAUGCUACUGGUUCCCUUUGUGGAGUGAGAAUGCAGUGCUGUCGCCAUGGUUAUAGCUCCUAUCCUAUUGGUUCCUUUUGUGGAGUGAGAAUGCAGUGCUGUCACCAUGGUUAUAGCUCCUAUCAUACUGGUUCCCUUUGUGGAGUGAGAAUGCAGUGCUGUUGCCGUGGUUAUAGCUCCUAUCCUAUUGGUUCCCUUUGUGGAGUGAGAAUGCAGUGCUGUUGCCAUGGUUAUAGCUCCUAUCCUAUUGGUUCCCUUUGUGGAGUGAGAAUACAGUGCUGUCACCGUGGUUAUAGCUCCUAUCCUAUUGGUUCCCUUUGUGGAGUGAGAAUGCAGUGCUGUCGCCGUGAUUAUAGCUCCUAUCCUAUUGGUUCCCUUUGUGGCAUGAGAAUGCAGUGCUGUCGCCAUGGUUAUAGCUCCUAUCCUAUUGGUUCCCUUUGUGGAGUGAGAAUGCAGUACUGUCACCAUGGUUAUAGCUCCUAUCCUACUGGUUCCCUUUGUGGAGUGAGAAUGCAGUACUGUUGCCGUGGUUAUAGCUCCUAUCCUACUGGUUCCCUUUGUGGAGUGAGAAUGCAGUGCUGUCGCUGUGGUUAUAGCUCCUAUCCUAUUGGUUCCCUUUGUGGAGUGAGAAUGCAGUGCUGUCGCCGUGGUUAUAGCUCCUAUCCUAUUGGUUCCCUUUGUGGAGUGAGAAUGCAGUGCUGUCGCCGUGGUUAUAGCUCCUAUCCUAUUGGUUCCUUUUGUGGAGUGAGAAUGCAGUGCUGUCGCUGCGGUUAUAGCUCCUAUCCUAUUGGUUCUCUUUGUGGAGUGAGAAUGCAGUGCUGUCGCCAUGGUUAUAGCUCCUAUCCUAUUGGUUCCCUUUGUGGAGUGAGAAUGCAGUGCUGUCACCGUGGUUAUAGCUCCUAUCCUAUUGGUUCCCUUUGUGGAGCGAGAAUGCAGUGCUGUCGCCGUGGUUAUAGCUCCUAUCCUAUUGGUUCCCUUUGUGGAGUGAGAAUGCAGUGCUGUCGCUGCGGUUAUAGCUCCUAUCCUAUUGGUUCCCUUUGUGGAGUGAGAAUGUAG